GCUCCACGUGAGCGGAUCGAGGGAGGUUCUCGUUGUCGAGAUCAACAUCGUCUUUCAUGGACUUGCACUCCUUCACCAAUCAAUGAGUUUUCUCUAUUGUUUUACUCAUCGAUUCGCAUUCAGUUUCUUCUUCACUCUGCAUUUACCACUAAACUCAGUUUAUUCUCAAUCUCUUCAUUGAAGCUUAAAAACAGAUUAAUUAAUUGUUGCAAAAAUGAUGUCUCCGAAGCCACUUUCAGAAAAUCGAGGAUCAUCUAACCCUGCUACCAUGAGGCAAGCCCCCUUGCAGAUAAUCCAUGUUGUUGGGAACUUUAUGAGAAUAUGGUCAGUUUACUCCAUGUACCGCUAUUUGUCUCAGACAGGGGCUUCAGUUGUUCUAUUUAUGUUCUGCUGUCUUCUUCCAUCAUGCAUCUGGUUUCUAAUAGCGCAAAAGCCUUGGAAGGGCAGGGCACUUGCUAAUACACAGGUGGUACCUUCAGUUGUAAAUGGUGGUAUAACAGCUCUUUACUUCGUCUUGUGGGGAAAGGGCCUUAAAUCUUGUGGUCCUGUUCGGGCCAUAUUGGGUGAGUAUUCUGGUGCUGCUCUAGGAGUAUUAUCCGGGGUACUGUAUGGCAGGGGGGGCCAUGUUUGGAAAAAGGUUGGUGGACUCCUUGCAAUGCUUGCAUCUUUCUACUUUUUAUCACAAGGAUGGGCGAUGGCUACAUAUUCUCCAUUUCCAUUUAGCAAUGCCUCCUCCUCUGAUGAAGCACAUACCGAACAGCUAGUAGGAAUGAAGGAAAUGCUAUUUCCCAUUCUUGCUGGAGUCUUGUCAGCACUUCGGAGGGUGAUCGCAAGACGGGUCUCACUUAAGAAUCAACUGAAGAGGCGACUCCAUGCCAUAACCCUUACUUCUGCGACAUGCUUUUUGUUUCCUGUUGCCAUGUGGGACAUGAUUAUAGGAUCUAACAAUGUAGAGCUGCCCUUUUCUGCCUGGGCUUUUUCAAGCACCAUUUUAUUUGGGAUGAUAUUGAUAUUUUACAUUGAUAGCAUCGCAGAGGAGAGGUUGCAUAUGGUUUUCUCUUCUCCAAAGCACUUAAUGGUUGCAGGUGGAUGCAUCAUUGUCAUGGAGAUAUUAUAUAAAAUGGACUUCUCGUUACUCGGCUUUCUUGUUUGUGUCGCCAUCUUGGGAAUUGGCAUAUAUGAAGCUACAUCCUUGGAUCGUUCUAGGAGAGAUUCUUUCCAAGGCUCAAGCUCCAAUGGCAUCUUGGACGAUCAAAUUGAAAUGUCUCCACUUCCUACUUGAUGUGAAACAGCAAUCAUACUUUUGACUCUGACAAGUGAUGCAAAUGAGGAGAAACACGUUUUCUGGUAUACUCCUUAUUGUGUCGUGGUAAUUGGCCUGAAACUAUUUAUAAUAUCAGUACUUCCCAUGUUAUGCCCAAAUAUCGAGUGCCUGGAAUCGUGGAAAGCACCUCAAGAAUAUAUAUAACAAGCAGAAACGUUCUGUGCCCAUUCCCGUUGAUGGUUGCCAUGUUGCAUCUACAUUGAAUGUGUUAUGAUUUGAUUUAUAUGACCAACAGGGUUAGCGAAAUAUUUGUACAAACAGUAUAUGUACCUUUCCAUUUUUAUGGACUUUUUCUUUUCUUCUCUACCA